AUGUCAGAUAGGUUAACGCAGUUACAAAUAUGUUUAGAUCAAUUGAUCGAACAGUUUAAUGCAGCUGUCAAUUAUAUAAAUAGCAACAGUGAACAGGCUUUAUUGGAUGAAGAUCCUAAGAGUGUAAUCAAUAUAGCGGCUGAAGCACCUAUUGCUGGGCAACCUGAAGUUCAAGAUAGUAGGCAAGGACAAAGUAAUAAUGAUGGCAGUAGACCUGACAUAAGCAGGCAGGAGGUAAAUAAAAGUGAAGACACCAACAGUCCACAGAUAAACAAUAGGUCUGACUUCACCAAUACAUUGAAUGAAUUAAGUACCGAUAUAAUAUUGAAGUCUCGACAAAUAACCAUGUUGAUAGAUUCUUUACCAGGGGUUGGAGUCAGUGAAGAGACCCAGGUACAAAUGAUAAGGGAUUUAAGUGAAGAGUUAGCACAAGUAGAAAAGAAGCGAGUUGAAAAAAUCAAAGAAAAAGAAGAAGUUGUUAAAUGGACAGAGGAAUUGAUAGGUGAUGUAGCUAAUGGAAUAUCUUCAGCAAAAGUUUGA